UCGUCCUGACCCAAAUGGUUGGAUAUCUUGUGGCCUGUGACGCCAUCAAUUUAUCAACACUUGCGCUUACAUCCCUGGGUACCUUUCUCACAUCUUCUUCUGCUGCUUCGCUAAACCAACUCUUGGAAAUACCUUUUGACUCUCAAAUGAAUCGAACUAAGGACAGAGUUCUUGUUCAGUCUAAUAUUUCACCAGAGGGGACGCUAGCAUUUGCUCUGGCGACUGGAAUUAGUGGAAUUGUUAUUCUCUCAACUCUUGUUAGUUCGGCGACUGCUAUGUUGGCUUUUGGAAAUCUAAUUCUUUAUUCAUUCAUAUAUACGCCGAUGAAGAGAUACAGUGUGGCUAAUACAUUUGUUGGCUCAUUCGUGGGAGCAAUUCCUCCAAUAAUUGGAUGGCAUGCUGCUACAGGGAGUUUUGAUUCUGGUUUAGACUUUUGGGGUGAUUUUAGGUUGCUUUGUGCUUGGGGCAAUUUUAUACUUUUGGCAACUUCCUCAUUUUAAUUCUCUGAGUUGGAAUUAUAAGGAAGAUUAUUCUUUGGGUGGGUAUAGACUGAUGUCUUUUCUGUAUCCCGAUAAGUGCAGGGCCACAUCUUUGAGGCACAGUUGCUAUUUGGCAAUUACAUGUCUUGUUGCACCGAUUAUGGCUUGUGGUAAUGCCUAUUUUUCUGUUUUGAGCUGCCCUUUGAAUGUUUAUUUAAUUUAUUUGUCUCAUCGGUUUUAUAAAAAUCCAACUCGGGGGACUUCAAGAAAACUAUUUUUCUUUUCGUUGGGUCAUU